UACUCAACGGCGGAACGGCGUGGACCUCAUGUAGAAAUGACAACAAUGGAAGGGGCCAGCGGGUCGAGUUUUGGAAUAGACACGAUUUUGUCCAGUGCCAGUUCUGGCAGUCCCGGCAUGAUGAAUGGAGAUUUCCGCCCGCUCGGCGAGGCGAGGACCGCGGAUUUUAGGAGUCAGGCUACCCCGUCUCCCUGUUCGGAGAUUGAUACCGUAGGAACGGCACCUUCUUCUCCUAUCUCGGUCACCAUGGAGGCCCCGGAGCCGCAUCUCGUAGCAGACGGGCCCCAGCAUCACCACCAUCUCCAUCACAGCCAACAGCCGCCGCCGCCAGCCCCGGCCCCGACGCAAAGUUUGCAGCCUUCGCCCCAACAGCAACCGCCGCCGCCGCCGCAGCAACAACAGCCAGCAGCCCAGCAGCUGGGCUCGGCCGCCUCGGCCCCCAGGACUUCCACCUCUUCUUUUUUAAUUAAGGACAUCUUGGGCGACAGUAAACCUCUGGCGGCGUGUGCACCCUACAGCACUAGUGUCUCCUCUCCCCACCACACCCCGAAGCAGGAGAGCAAUGCAGCGCACGAGAGCUUUAGGCCAAAGCUCGAGCAGGAGGACAGCAAAACCAAACUCGACAAGCGAGAAGAUUCCCAGAGCGACAUCAAAUGCCACGGAACAAAGGAGGAAGGAGACCGAGAGAUUACAAGUAGCCGUGAGAGUCCCCCUGUGAGAGCCAAGAAGCCUCGAAAAGCCAGGACAGCUUUCUCUGACCACCAGCUUAAUCAAUUGGAGCGUAGCUUUGAGCGGCAGAAGUACCUGAGUGUUCAGGACCGCAUGGAUCUGGCAGCUGCACUCAACCUUACUGACACCCAAGUCAAGACUUGGUAUCAGAACCGAAGGACCAAAUGGAAGAGGCAGACUGCGGUGGGCCUGGAGCUGCUGGCAGAGGCAGGGAACUACUCAGCGCUGCAGAGGAUGUUUCCUUCACCUUAUUUCUAUCACCCAAGUCUGCUGGGCAGCAUGGACAGUACGACAGCCGCGGCAGCUGCAGCUGCCAUGUACAGCAGCAUGUACCGGACUCCUCCAGCACCCCAUCCCCAGCUGCAGCGGCCCCUGGUACCCCGAGUGCUCAUUCAUGGCCUGGGACCCGGGGGACAACCAGCCCUCAAUCCCUUGUCCAACCCCAUCCCAGGCACCCCACAUCCCCGGUGAAGAAGGAGGGAAGGCUCUACAAUCCCUCCCAAUCCCCGACCUGACCUGGACAGCUGCCCCACCUCUUCCCGCAUCAGACCUYCCUUGCAGCGGACACUGGGAGGCAGAGGAGUAAGAGAGGAAGAUACUCACCUAUGGGCCAGGGUCCCCAAAGAGGAGCCAGCUUUCUGCUCUCCAUCCCAACCCCCCAGAGGCAGGGCUGGAAAGCUCCCCCACAGCAGUGUGACUGGUGAAAACGCUGACCCCACACAAAGUGCAACCAGUAAGUGAAAACA